AUGGAAUACUUACACAGGACACUACAAAAUUUGAGGCACAACCCCCAGUUUCAUUACCAUCCUAGGUGUGCCAAACUUGGUUUGAUUAAUAUUUGCUUGGCUGAUUAUUUGCUCAUGAGCUGCAAAGCAGAUGCAUCCUUCAUCCACAUACUCUUCAACACUUUUCAGCAUUUUUCAACAGUGUUAGGGAUUCAAGCAAAUAUGGAUAAGAGUUCUCUUUACACAGCAGGUGUGACUGAUGAGUUCUGGGACCAAAUGCUGGCUGAUUUGCAUCUUAUCCAAGUUGACUUGCCUUUCAAGUAUCUGGGGGUUCCCCGCUCAACUAGAAAGCUCUACAUUUAUUGGGCACAAAUUUUCCUGCUACCUCAGAAGAUCAUUUCUAUGGUUACAACUGUCUGUAGAACUUUUCUGUGGACCGGGAGUAACAACUACUCCAGGAAAGCUUUGAUAGCAUGGGAAAACAUUUGCAAACCUAAAAUAGCUGGUGGUUUAAAUGUCAUUGACAUACUUAGAUGGAAUAAGGCAGCAAUUUGCUAG